GUUUAGCUCUAAUCAAUUCGGUUUAAUUCAGUAAAUCCAAACAAGCCCAAAGUAUCUAUGCUACAACUGUACAAUGAAAAAAAAAAGUUAUCAACUUACCACACUAGUACAAGAUAAAAAGUGGAGUUAAAAAAACACUAGUACUAUGUAGAUAGAACUAAAGAGGAAUAAAUGAAAGAAAAGGAAUUCAAGUUUGAAACGAUGAUCAUCUCUUUAUAGUUUCACCGACAAACCCCCUAACUCAUAAUAAGAGCAAACCAUCUUCAUCCUUUUUUUCAAUUUUUCUAAGUGUGAACACAUUUUUAGUCGGCAACUGUUUUAUCAAUUUGCUUCAUUUUUAUUAUAUCACAUGUUCAAUUUACAUGAAACCAAUUACAAAGUAUAUUAUUAAUUUGAAUUCUUCUUUCCGUUGAUUUAUUUCUUAUAUAAUUUAUAACAAAAUAAAUUAUAUAAAUAUCAUUAAAAAGGUUCUGAUAAAGCAGGACCAGGUUCAGAGUAACAACUCUGUUCAUCUUGCGGCACUACCAAUCCGUGCGUGGGUGUUACCAUAUAUAAUCCCACUCUUUUCUCAAAUACAUAUUCUUCUGAAAAACUACAAAUAAUUAAUUAAAUUAUAGAGAAAUUAAAUUAUCUAUUUCCUUACUAAAUUUGGAUAGUUUCUUUAUUUGGUCUUUUUUAUUUUAUUAUUUGGAAAAAUACUAAAAUAAAAGUGGUGGAAACAAAUUGCUUGGUAUAUAAGUAGGUAACAACAAGUAACGUGGUUGUUACUUAUACAUGUGUGUAUCAAAGGUGGCGAACCAAAGGGAGUACGAGGGCUUUCAAUCAAGCGGUGGUGGUGAUGAAGAGAGAGCUAACACCGUAGGCAGCGGAGAACAAGUGGCGGCCGAGGCGGAAGCACCCGUGUUUCGGACUAAUUGGGAGACUUCGGCUAUGGUUAUGGCUUUGACCGACGUAGUUUCCGGCCGUGGUGGAUAUACUACUAUGAGUACUAGUAGCGGUGUUGGUGGUAGUGGUGGUGGGUGGAGUGAGUCAUUUUACGGAUACCCGGUUACGACACCGUGGGUGGGGCAAAAGCGAGGGAGGGAAGAUAGCAAAAGCGGUGGCGCUAGCGGUAGCGGUGGUGGUGAGUUAGGGGAUAUACCUUUGAUAUAUGGAGAGACAUCAUCUAGUGCAAGUGGUGUUAAAGAAGAAAUGCACACACCAAGUUCCAUGCAACAAAUACAAUCUCAUUCUCAUUCAAGCUCCACAAUGAUGAGUACCACUGCCACACUAACCUCAGUAGAACAACCACCGCGAACAACCACUAACACCACCCCCUCGACCUACGAAGAAGCCCAAGGAGGAGAAAGGAAACGUCGAUACAGGGGAGUUCGACAAAGACCUUGGGGUAAAUGGGCUGCCGAAAUACGUGAUCCACACAAAGCAGCUCGGGUUUGGCUCGGCACAUUCGACACCGCCGAGUCUGCCGCUCGUGCCUACGACGAGGCAGCCCUCCGCUUCCGUGGCAACCGCGCCAAACUCAACUUCCCCGAAUUUGUCCAAUCUGUCCCCACACCCGCUCGUCCAACUCCGGCAACCACCGCCACCAUAUCACCGGCGCAGGCGCCGGCGCCGGAAUCUUAUUUUCCGGGGAGCAGGAUGUCUCAAACAAUCCAUUUCCAACCACCACCACAACAACCGCAACAGAGUACCAUCGACGUGGCACGAGACUACUGGGAAUAUUCUCAACUAUUGCAAAGCUCCGGUGACUUCAACUUUCCUGGCCUAGAGCACAUACUUUACCCUUCAAUUUCCCGCCAAUUAAUGGGUCCUCCUUCACUUUCCUUCUCCUCGCCGCCAUUAUCAUCAUUGUUGUCAUCAUCGUCUUAUAGUCAGGCCAAUUUUCAAUUUCCUCAAAAUUUCACCGGUGAUCAAACAACAAUUUUCCGGCCACCGUCACAAGGUGGUAGUAGUGACGGCACCGCCGAUAAUUCGGGUGGUUAUUGGUCUCAACCCGGUCCUUACCACCCUCCGUCCUCCUCUAGCUAAAAUUUAAAUUCUUUGGUUAUAUUAAUACUUUUAUAAUUUUCUGUUUUUAGGGGCAAAAUAAUAUUUUCAAUUUUUUUUUUUCUUUUACAAUAGUUGAUUUGUAUUACUUCACAAAUGUUUCAAAAUCACCACGUCAUUGAUAUAUUGUUAUGGUAGGUGAUGUAGGUGCAUAAAUAGUAGAUGUGGUGGUGAUUUUGAAUUUCUUUUUUAUAAUUAAGCUCUUAGAUACUUGGGAUAGAU